ACACUUCCCCUGUCCCACCUCCUCCAUCUCCCACUCUGCCACAAUUGUUUUGGAUGUCCACAUACUUAUCUCUAUAUUCGGAUAUGUUUUCGUGAGUCGUCGAGCCCUUAAUUUCGUGUCGCAGGAGUACCAAUAUCUCUCUUUGAAUGGCUAUUCUCUACUUAUAAACCCAAGUCUCCAGCUAAAGCAUGCAUGCCAUGGCUGAAGAAGGCCCCGAGGCCUCGGUGGCCAGCUCGGUGACGGCGGCCGGCCACUGGUGGGAGAUCCACGCGAGCCCCUUCUCCUCUUGGAAUACCAUGAGGCGGUGGCCGCUGCCGCAGGCGGAUGCCCACGCCAGCUCGUCGUCGUACGACGAUGCUGAUAGGUCGUCGAUCUCCAACACCACGUCGUUCACCAAUGCAUCCACCCACUCUGCCCUCAGCAUGGACUCCUCAUCCGCUGAACUCGUGGGGGCGCCGGUGGAGAACCAUAUAUGGAGCCAACUUCUACUAAACGUCGGAACGAAUGGGAAGGCUCGCAGCAGCAGCCAUGAAGACGGAGAGAGCUCUCUUGAAGUGCUGAGUUCCAGUUGGGAACUGAGUCCAUCCUCGCUGAACUGCUUGGAGAAGCAUCUAAGUAGCUGCGAUGGACUGCCAAAUAACCUGUCAGAUUUGGUCACCAACUGGUCCAUCUCUCCUCCCAACCCACAACUACAUCAGUACAUCGCACCAUCAACAUGCGCUGUUUCCAUCGAUCGUCGUCCUCCGGUGGCUCACCACUCGGCCUCCGAUGCUUCGCGUGCCAAGCACGAAGGAGGAAACAGUACAAGCUAUCCCCCAUCUUACGACCACAGUAUGAAAGGAACUGACACGCCGUUCUUUCGGAGGCCGAUCGGCCUCGACGAGUCCGAUAUGCCAUGGUCGAACAGGAGAAAUCUGUCGGACCAACUCUCUUUUGCCGGAUGCUUAAACAUGAAGCCUUCUGUAAACGGCUCGGAUUCGUGCGACGGAAACAGGUGCCAAAGCUCAACGAUAACAGGCAAUGGCAAGGUUAGUAGGGCAACUGAAGGGAAGAAGAAAAGAUCCGAAGACAGUUCAGAGACACACCUCAAGAAGCCGAAGCCCGACGGCUCCAUGGUUUCAUCUCAAAAGUUGCAGGAGCCCAAAGUAAAGAUAGCAGAAAAGGUGAGUGCUCUGCAGCAGCUUGUGUCACCAUUCGGGAAGACAGAUCAAGCUUCUGUGCUAAUGGAAACCAUCACUUGCAUCACAGUUUUACAGAAGCAAGUACAGUUGCUAAGUGCACCAUACCUGAAAUCAAGUGCUAGUAAGGAGCAGAAUUCAUGGGGAGAACUAGAGAGGAAGGAGAAGGCAGAAGCGAAGUACGAUCUGAGGAGUAGAGGGCUUUGCUUGGUUCCCGUUGCUUCCAUCCCUCAAGUCCAUCGAGAGAGCAACAGACCGGACUACUGGAUGCCAACAUACAGAAGCUGUUUGUACAGAUAAAGAAGCUUUCUUUGAUUGGAUCUAUCGGAGAAGCAGCAAUUAUGUUGAUACUAUUAUGUGAAGAUGAUAGUUGAUUUGGAGAGUCUAGAAUGACUUUGAGAGGGACAAUGUACCAGCUGAAGCUGAUGACUCUGAUGCAUUUUUAUGAUGAUCUUCUUGAGAUGGUGGUCGGGAUAAGCAACUGCAGGGAGUCAGAAUACGAACUUCUUUAGGCAGAUAAUUGAACUCAGAUUGAAUAUAAAUAGAAUAGAUCAGUUCUAAUGUUAUGUUUCAUUUCAAUGAAGUGAAGAACUCUCCUUCCUUAUCUACUUCA